AUGUCGGAACGAAAGGUCCUUACCAAGUACUAUCCUCCCGAUUUCGAUCCUUCCAAGAUCGUCCGCUCGCGCGCGCCCAAGCAAGCCGGGCCCAAGGUACAGACUGUCCGUUUGAUGGCGCCAUUCCCUAUGAAAUGCACCGCAUGUGGAGAAUACAUCUAUAAAGGCCGCAAGUUCAAUGCGCGCAAAGAGACAACGGAAGAGAAAUACUACUCUAUCCCCAUCUACCGGUUCUACAUCCGAUGCACCCGAUGUUCUGGCGAGAUCACCUUUAAGACCGACCCCAAGAACAUGGACUACGAGUGCGAGCGAGGCGCAAAGAGAAAUACCGAACCAUGGCGGAUGAAUGGCGCUGGCAAGCAGGAAAGUGACGAGGAGCGACUGGAUCGGCUGGAGCGAGAAGAGGAAGAGAAGAAUGCUAUGCAAGAGCUCGAGACGAAGACCUUGGACGCUAAGCGGGAGAUGGCGGUUGCAGAUGCCUUGGACGAAAUUCGGACUCGCAAUGCCCGGAAUGAGAGGCUGGGGAAGGACGGCGUCGAAGUCACAGUCACGCGCGAGAGUAUCGACGAGGAGAGGCGGAGACAAGACCAAGAGGACGAAGAUGCUGCUCGACAGGCUUUUAUGAGACGGCACGAGGCUAUGGAGGAGAUUAUCGAGGACGACGGGGAUAACGACGAUGGUGGUGUUGAAGCUGCACCUCCGAUCACGAAAGCCGAGGCCUUGGAAAUGCCGCCACCCAGCUUUAAGAGGGUAGUGAAAAAGAAGAAGGACCAUGCUGCUGCUCUGGGUAUCAAGAAGAAGCCAUCCCUAGUUUGA